AUGAAUGCCAGGAUGGUCUCCCUCGUGGUGGGCAUCUUCUCUGUCCUCAACACCAUCCAGUUCUUCAUCUUUGACCUGAAUCAGACUACACACAUUGGCUCUGAGGACAAGUUCAGCAUCUACACGGACUCAAAGUUGAAGCUAGUCACUUGGAUCCUGUUCCACAGGGCUGAGAUCAGCACUGCCCUCUCCCUCACCACCAUCGUCAUCAGCUGCUUCCUCCUUUAUUGUAUCUAUAAUAAUAUCUUUCAGGGGCUGCUGAUCUAUGCCAUGUGGAUCAUCACUUAUGAGUUCAUCAACUUCUCCAUAGUCCUGCUCCUCAACAAUAUCAUCAGAGAUGAGUUUAAGCAGCUGAGUCACUUGUACCUGAUCUUCCAAAUCUCACACAUGCUCCUGCACUUUUUCUGUCUGCCCUUCAUCUUCAAGCAUGCGUACAGCCUUUACCAGGAGCUCCCAGCUGUGAAAAAGGUAGCCCGCCCCAGGUCCUCCUCCACCAGUGCAGUGAACUUAAGGCUACCUGUCCCUUGGAGAAUGUUGUACCAGAAGUGAAACUGACCCUUGCCGGGAAAGGUGGGAGCGAACGGUGCUCCUCAGCAACGGAACCCUCCCUGCCCCGCCAGUCUUCUGUUGAUGCUGCUUGGUUUGUCAGGGCUUUUGAGUUUUAUGCACUGUGGAAUGAUCCUUGGGAGAGGGCGGGUUGUGUGGAUUAAUUAUUGUACAGAUGUGUGGUGUGACUUGUUUUAGUAGUUAAUGAUAUAUGUGGCCUUGUGCUUACUUAACC